UAGACCAUGUGGUUGAGGAUAAUCCAGGGAGGAUGGGAGAGUCCAUCCAAGACAUGCGAGCGAGAGAACUCAUGCAGGAAAGUAUCAAGCUCGUCGAUGGCCACUAUGAAGUAGGGCUACCUUGGAAGUAUCCAGACCCCGGACUUGAGAACAACCGCCAUAUGGCUGAAGUUCGUCUCAAGUACUUGGAAAGGAGGCUGAAGAAGGAUUCUAAUCUAGCCGUCAAGUACACGGAGACUGUCCAAGGUUAUAUAGAGAAGGGAUAUGCGGAGAAGGUACCAAGACAGAAGGAGGAAGCAAAUCUUCAGACUUCCUGUACAUGGUAUCUCCCUCAUCAUCCGGUCGUUCAUCCUCACAAACCUGACAAGGUAAGAGUCGUGUUCGACUGUGCAGCAAAGUAUCGUGGAACUUCACUAAAUGACACAUUGCUGCAAGGACCCGACCACACCAAUAGCUUAGUUGGUGUACUCCUGCGAUUCAGGCAGGAACCUGUGGCAGUUGUUGGUGACGUAGAGGCAAUGUUUCAUCAGGUAAAGGUACCGAAGAAAGAUUGCAAUGCUCUCCGCUUCCUAUGGUGGGAAAAUGGUAAUCUGGCCACGGAACCGGUAGAGUAUAGAAUGAAGGUGCAUCUCUUUGGUGCAACGUCAUCACCAAGCUGCGCAGGAUUCGCUCUUCGAAGAACUGCAGAAGAUAACCGACAUGAAUAUGACGAAGACGUCGUCAGCACAGUGUUGGAAAACUUCUAUGUUGAUGACUGCCUCAAAUCAGUGCCCUCUGACAAAGAUGGGGUGAGGCUAGUCCAGCAACUGAGAAGUCUUCUGCAGAAAGGAGGAUUCCGCUUAACAAAAUGGGUAAGUAAUAGUAGAGAAGUGCUUAACUCAAUACCCGAAACAGAAAAGGCUCCAUCUGUAAUCGAUAUGGAUCUGGAUACUCUCCCAAUCGAGAGAACGCUAGGAGUGUUGUGGGAUGUCGAUUCUGACAAGUUCGGCUUUAAGGUAAGUCUGAAGGACAGACCUACAACCAGGCGAGGGAUACUGUCUAAGGUAAGUUCCUUAUACGACCCCCUUGGGUUCCUAGCACCUUUCAUCUUGGUAGCCAAGGUCCUUCUGCAAGGCAUCUGCCAGAAAGGUCUAGCAUGGGAUGAACCAGUGGAUGAAAAGGAUCUCCAGACCUGGCAAGAAUGGCUUGAUGAUCUUCCCAGACUGACCGAGAUCAAGAUACCAAGAUGUCUCAAACCGGAAGUGCUUGGAGAUCAAGUACUUUACCAGCUCCACUAUUUCUGCGAUGCAUCAGAGCUUGGGUAUGCAGCUGUGGCUUACCUACGCUUAGUGGAUUCUGCUGGUCGCAUACAUAGCUCGUUUGUUUGUGGUAAGUCUAGACUCAGUCCCUUGAAGGUCACCUCAAUACCAAGGCUUGAAUUGGCAGCAGCUGUACUAGCUGUUGACAUGAAUCACAUGAUUCAAGAGGAAUUAAGGUUACCGAUUGCUACCACAACGUACUGGACAGAUUCAACUUCUGUUCUUAUGUACAUCCAAAAUGAGAGCCGAAGGUUCCAUACCUUUGUAGCAAAUAGAGUUGCUAAGAUUCGUGAGGCAACAGAACUGAGCCAGUGGCGACACGUGAACACUAAACUCAAUCCAGCUGAUGAUGGAUCAAGGGGUUUGAAGGCUCAGGAGCUUAUCACGAAUCCAAGAUGGCUCUCAGGACCCGACUUCCUCAAACAAGAGGAAGAAAACUGGCCAUCUUCUCCAGCUAUCUUGGGAGAACUGAAGAAAGAUGACCUGGAAGUAAAGAAAGACAGAGUUCAUGUAAAUACUGUCGUAACAAAGGACAGUGUGCAAGAACUGUUGACCAGGUACUCAUCCUGGAAUAGACUCAAGCGAGCCUUCGCUUGGAUACUUCGGUAUAAGAUGUUCUUGAGAAAUCGAGAUACAGCAGCAAGGCUACCUCGAGGACUCACUGCAGAGGAAUUGAAAAGGGCAGAACUUGAAAUUACUAGACAAGUUCAGCUGAGAUCAUUUCCUUCAGAUGUGAUGACUGAAUCAGGGGAACCAACAAGACGGCAAAAGGCCUCAGGUCCUCUGGACAAACUGAACCCCGUCAUUACUGAAGGGGUACUGAGAGUUGGCGGUAGACUUUCAAGAUCUACUCUUGCAGAAGAUGCAAAACAUCCAGCUAUACUCCCAAGAGAUAAUCACGUGACUGACUUGAUUAUCCAACACUAUCAUGAAGGGGUUGGGCACUCAGGAGCGGUCAUAACCUUAUCAGCCAUUAGAGAAAAGUUCUGGAUUGUCAGAGGAGGAGCCACUGUUCGCAAGGUACUUCAAAGGUGUAUGAAGUGCAAAAGGAGAAGUUCCCGUAGAGGCGAGCAGUUCAUGGCAGACCUCCCAGCUGAGAGAGUGACACCAGAUAAACCCCCAUUCACCUCUACAGGGGUGGACUUCUUCGGACCUUUCAUGGUUAAGAGGGGACGCAGUGAGGUGAAGAGAUAUGCAUGUCUAUUCACUUGUCUUGCGUCAAGAGCCGUUCACAUAGAGAUUGCCUACUCUCUUGACACAGAUUCCUUCAUUUGCGCCCUGAGAAGAUUCAUUAAUCGCAGAGGAAAACCGGAUCAGGUAUUCAGCGACAAUGGAACAAACUUUAAGGGUGGACAUAAAGAAUUGAAGGAAAGUCUGGCUGCACUCAAUGACUCUAAGGUUGGGAAUUUCUUAACCCAAAAGGGCAUUGAGUGGCGCUUCAAUCCUCCUCUAGCCAGCCAUAUGGGAGGAGUGUGGGAACGUGUUAUACGUUCAGUGCGCAAAAUACUAGGAGGCCUACUUCAUCAACAGGUUAUGUCGGAUGAGGCAUUAGCUACGCUGAUGACGGAAGUAGAGGCCAUCCUGAAUGCACGCCCACUCACCCCAUUGAGCAUGGAUCCAAAGGAUGAAGAGCCUUUGACACCAAACCAUCUCCUGCUAUUGAGAAAUAAUCCAUCCUUGCCACCCGGCAUCUUCACAAAGGAUGAAAGCUAUGGCAGGAGGAGAUGGCGCCAUGUCCAAUUCAUCGCGGAUCAGUUUUGGAAGCGAUGGGUUAAGGAAUAUCUUCCACUCCUUCAACCGAGACAAAAAUGGACCAGGGAAAAAAGAAACUUCGAACAAGACGACCUCGUCUUAGUGGCAGACGAUAAUGCACCUCGUGGGCAGUGGCCUUUGGGGAAAAUUGUGGCCACUUAUCCAGACAAACAAGGUAGGGUAAGGCAGGUCGAGGUUAAGAUAGGUUCAAAAUAUUUCCGGCGUCCAAUUUCAAAACUUUGCCUUUUGGAGGAAGGGAAGGGUGCUCCCUAGAUAAUGGAAAAUUAUUUAAUAUUGUAGAGAAUAGUACUGAAUGCUACCUAUUCUGAAUUUGCUAUCUGAGUCCCAAUAUUUAAUUGUGAUUUAAAUAUGUAUGCAGAAAGAUAUAGCAACAGGUCAUUGAUUGUUUGAAGUAAUUUGGAUAUGUAUUCUAAUCGAUUAUUGUGUAGAAUGUUAUCAUGUUUGUUUGUUUAUACUUAUAUUGUUUUAUGCCGCGUUCUAAUAGUAGGAAUGAGCUUAUGGGUGAGUCAGCUCAUUGGGGCCGGUAUGUUGCGGCAUGAAAUAUAAAUAGGGUCUGAAACCCAAGUCUAUUGAACAAAGUUAUCCGUAUGCAAAGUUAUUUUGUGUCUAUUGGUUAGGAUCUCACUUUCCUCUCCUGGUGACAAAAUGUUUCUAGAUGUACUAAUUCUGGUUGGUCAAGUAAACCAAGCCCAGUGUAUAAUCAGGUAGCAACAGUAUUCCAAUUGGUCAACACAUUGGCCAAGGAUGCAAAUUAAACAUGACUCAGAGAUACCAAGAAAUAGGAGAUACCACAAAGUUAUCCCACUUGGCAUCAGAAGACAAAGAAAAGUUCCACAGUCAAGACGUAUUCACCAUUUUGUUAUAAAACUUGAAGAAAAUUGCAUAGAUUUGGAGGUCAAACAAUUGCGAACCACUCACUCACUCAGUUCACUCGCUUAGUACUCUUGCUCAUUUCGUAUACUUCGUUUGUUCACU